UGUAGUGAGGUUGUGGCGCUGCCCGCCCACUGCGGCUCGCGACGGCAGUCCGCUGUCGGCCGCCGUCAGAGAGCGGUGUCCGUGUCUCGCGCUCCCAGCGCCCCUGCCGACCACUUAACUUAAACUUAAAAUGUACCACGAAUCCCUUUACACCCCAGUGAAACUAAAACUAGUGACUGAUGUUACUGAAUAAUUUAACAGGAAAAUUUUAAACUGUAACUUUGGAUUCCUACCCGAUUUGGUGAUUAUGCGAUGUGAUUAAAUAAUAGUUAGCAAUUCUGAUGGUGUUGGGCUAUGGUUGCGCGCGGUGGGCGCUCCAGAAAGCGGCGCUGGUGGCCUGCCUGUUGGUGGGCACACUGGCGCCCGAGCGACUGGAGCCUUGCGCGACCAGCCCGCUGUGCUCCUGCCGGGAGGCCCACAUGUCCUGCAUCGCUGUCCCACUCCACAGAUUCCCAGAUUGGCCUCGCAUGGAAUUACAACACUUGGAUAUCAGCUUGUCAAAUCUGGAAGUUCUGACAGAGAGUGCGCUGGACGGGUUGAGACUACAGACUUUAGUUUUAGUAGCAAACAAAUUACAUUACAUCGAACUUCAUUCUUUUAGUUCCAUGGCUACGACGCUGGCCUCCCUAGACCUCGGAUACAACGAAUUCACUGAAAUACCGCAACAAGGAUUGAGAGAUUUAAAAGUUUUAAACUGGUUGAAUCUACAAAACAAUAAUAUUGCACAUCUCGGACCAGAAAUUCGAUGGCACCACUUGGAAGAAACGCUGACGAGUAUAUCUUUGAGUAAUAAUCAAAUAACCCAGCUGAAAUCACAAUCAUUGACAUCGCUGUAUCGAUUAGUACAAUUAGACCUUGAAGGAAACUACUUAAGGAGUAUCAGGCCAGAUUCCCUCCCAUCCACCAUUAAAAUUCUUAAACUUUCCAAUAAUUUUCUACACGAAUUAUCCUGUGAUUUAAUAUUUAAUCUUCCUAAAUUACAAUCGUUACACGUACGACAUAAUUUUGUUAAAUUCGAUAAUAAUACUUCAUGUUCGAGCAGUAAAAAUAGGAGAAUUGAAAAGUUAGAUUUAAGUAAUAACAAAAUUAAUGACUCUUCGGAAAUUUACGUGCUCCUGGAAGUGCAAAUACGGCAAAUAAUACUAGAUCUUAAUGAACUUACCUUCGUACCGCGUUUGGUGUUCGCAAAUAAUCGAGUCGAGAAAUUGUCAGUGUCGUACAAUAAAUUAACUUCAAUCCAUCGGGACCUGUUCUUGUCAUUGAAAAAUUCACUGGAGCACUUGGAAGUGGAGCACAACAAAUUGUCUCAGUUGCCGGACAGCUUAGGCCAGGUCGCGCGCCUCCGCCAUUUAUCUUUAGCUUACAACCAGCUGGACGAGGCGCCCCCCCUCCCGAGCCGCAUCCAAACGCUCUCGCUCGCAGGCAACUUUUUAACUUCGAUACCCUCCGCACUUCAAACGCUAGAGCCAGGAUCCAUUCGUUAUCUCGACUUAAGCUACAACCGGAUAUCUAAUUUGUUACCAAACGAAUUCCUCGACUGGUCUACUUCUCUGGGGACUAUCAACUUAAGAGGUAACAGGAUUGCGCAGAUUUAUAAAAACGUUUUCCCCCCGACCAUGCUCGUAAAAGAGAUUAAUUUGAGUUUUAACGAUUUAUAUUACAUACACCCGCAGUCUUUCUCGAACAUAACGGGCUCACUGCACGUGUUAGAGUCUUCUUCUACUCUAUUCAGUGGAUAUUUUCCGUUCGAAAUUGAAGGUCUUGAAAAUCUUAGUUUGCUUUCGUUUGACAAUAAUGAUUUCCAUAUUCUGAAACUAUCCGACUUAAUAACUUUUCCUUUUCUUAAAUAUCUAAAUUUAGAUUACAAUCGUAUUGUAGAUAUAGUUAUAGGAGAAAAUUAUCAAAAUAUAUCCUUACCUGUAAGCAAUAUAAGACUUGCUUACAAUUUUUUAAGCUCUAUACAUAUUCGCACGUUUACGUAUAUGACCAACUUAAGAAACUUAGAUUUAUCUUAUAACCGAAUCAAUAACUUAACUAAGCACAGUUUCACAAACUUACCAAACUUGAGAUAUUUAUCUCUUGCGGGUAACAUAAUCGAUUCGAUGGAAGUCGAGACCUUUGCUAAUUUACCGAAACUGGAAAUAUUGGAGCUGCAGGGAAAUAACUUAUCGUAUUUAUCACUCAACUCGUUUUGCAAUGUCUCGCAUCCGGAUGUAACAUUCACUCUCAACGUGAGCAGAAACCACUUAAGAUUUAUAGACGGCGAAUCUACUAUUUCUGUGAAUAUACUAGACGGCUCCUACAAUGAAUUGUAUGAAGUGCCAAAUAAUUUCUUUAUAGCAGUAGAAUCUUCUAUACGACAAAUCAUUUUGUCUCAUAACAAAAUCACUUAUGUGUCGAGUGAAGCUUUUGGCGAUGCAAUACACUUAGAAAUUUUAGAUUUGCACAAAAACGGUAUAAACACAUUAAGAAGAAAAUCAUUUUCUGAACUUGUAUCAUUACAAAUAUUAGAUCUUUCAUAUAAUGUUAUUUCGCAACUGUCCGUAGAACAAUUUUACAAUUUAAAUAAAUUAAGGUAUCUUAAAUUGGAACAUAAUAGUAUAAGAUUACUGCCUAGAGACGUGUUUAAGAAUACUAUAAUUGAACAUCUAGACUUAAGCUAUAAUGACAUAUCUUUGUUUCCUGUCACAGCCCUUUCUCAAAUAGGAUUUACGCUGCGGUUCCUCGACCUAUCCAACAACCGCAUAGAGUACCUAGACAGUAAUAUAUUUCGUAACACGCAAUUCCUAUUAAAUUUAAAUCUAGGUAAUAAUUUGCUGACGGUAUUGUCUGACAACACGUUCUCGAGCGUAGGGGGACUGCGCCGCCUGGACCUCAGCUCCAACUCAAUAAAAGCAAACUUCAAGGAGCUGUUUCACAACCUUCCGAACUUGAGGCAUUUGAAUCUUGCAAAUGUAAGCUUAAAGUCAGUGCCUUAUCUACCUUUGACAAACUUAACUAGUCUCAAUUUGACUUCAAAUUACAUUAACAGUUUUAAAGAGACUGACGUAAAGCGGCUCGUGAAUCUUCGACAUUUAGAUCUUAGUCAUAAUCGUCUUACCUCUUUAGUGCCAAAAAUGUGGUUCCAUUUGAAUAAUUUAAAUGUCCUCGAUAUAUCAUACAAUCCUAUUGUAAGAAUCACGCCAAAUAGUUUCAAAUGGUUGAGUAACUUAUCUCAUUUAAAUUUAAACGGGCUUAAGUACUUAGACAUAAUUGACCAAGAUUCCUUCCGUCCCCUAAUAUCCUUGCGAGUACUGCAUCUUCAAUCGUGGUCUAAGAUAAAUCAUUCUACUUUCCGCUUAUCCAAUGUAACAUCUUCCCUUCCCUCCCUGUACAAAUUAAUUAUACACUGGGCAGAUGAUACUAUGGAUACUCAGCUGCAUGGAAUAGAUGCAAGAAAUAUACGAUAUUUGGAAAUAAAGGGAGUUAGUCUCCGUAGAAUAGCCGAUGAAGCUUUUGAAUCGUUUUCCAACAAUCAAGAAAUCUUCAUUAGGAUAACUGAGACUUCUUUGACGAAGCUGCCCACAGCGUUUAUGAAACACUUGGGGCAAAUCCCGCAGUUGGGAGUCGACCUAAGUUAUAACCAAAUAACAACAGUGAAUCCAGCUAUAUUCUAUCCAAAUUUCACAAGCUGGAGCCAAGUCGCAACAAAAUUGUUGUCAGGUGGGCUGAUCCUGAGCGGGAAUCCGUUGCGGUGCGAGUGCUCGUUGGCGUGGCUGGGCGCGUGGCUGCGGCGCUGGCUGCAGGAGAACGAGGCGGGCAGCGAGCUACAGCGCGCGGUGCGCAGCGCCACCUGCCGGGACCAGCUCGGGCGGCGCGUGCCGCUGCUGCAGCUGCGCGCCGACGAGGCCGAGUGCCACGCCAGCGCGCUCUCCAGCGACGCGCAGCCCAACUACACCGAUAUCGUCUACACCCUUGUUGCGGCGCUCUGGACCAUCCUUCUCAGAUGAUACCCAGUAAUGUGCGUCGAGUGAAUGUGAAUUUGUAGUAGCAAUUUUGUAAAUAUGUUUACACACGAGGUCUAUUAAUAGGUCAAAUUUACGAUUUCGAUGAACUGUAGUUGAAUACAAUUUUAUACACGGUACAACUUCAAGUUAGGGUCGUUAAAGUUCUAAGUAGAGUACUUAACAAGAGCAUUUGUCUAUAAGAUAUCUGUGUUAUAAAUAAGGUCACGAUAAGUUUUAUAGUGUCAAAUUACUUGUAGGGUUAAGUAUUUUUUAUUUUGCAUAUUAUUCAACUGGACAAAUCUUAAUACACUCAAGAUUGUUCAUGAAAGCGAUACUAUUUAAAUUCAUUUAUUCAUUUCACGAAUAAAAACUUUAUGUUACAUUACCUAUGUAAAUAUUGUACAAAAGUAAAUAUUUUUUC